AUGGUCGCCGUCGUGGUUGUGGGCCAGUCGCGCUUGCUCCUGCGUCUCAUCACGAAAGCUCGUAUGGCCAGAGAACUUUCAAGCCGGGCUCUGGAUGUGCUGAAACUGCGCGGUGUUUCGACCGUGUUCCGCUCGCACGUGCUCCACGUGCUGCAGCCUUUGCGCUUAGAUGGUUUCAUUCCGGAGUACCUGCUCUGUGUAGAUCGGAUCGAGGGCCAGCUUCCCCCAGAAGUGGCGCAAGCUUGGACCUUCGCUGCAGCCAAUCAGCUGCGCAGGAUGAAGGCAUGCCUUAAGAGGGUGCAAGAAAGAGAAGCUCUGCGAAACCAGAGCUACAGCUUCUUUGUUCGUCUGAGACCUGACUUUCUUGUCCUGACAGAUAUCCCCAGCUUGCGCACAUCAGCUUUAAACAAAGGCUGUGUGCUGGCCAGACUGCGGGCAGCCAUAAAUAUUGCUGGACUGACGAAUGAGCAUCUCUCCUACUGCUAUUGUGGCAAGGGCUGUUGCUCCAAGAACACCCUUAAAGGGCGUGGGGCUGGCUUCAUCGUGGAUGACAUGCUGGCUGUGGCAGCAAGGGAUCUGUUCAUGCGACUCUGGCAGUCGCGGGCGAAGGAGCCGCAACCAGGCUCGUGGCCUGUCAUGGCACCAAUGGCAGAGACUGGCUUUACUACCAGCAUGCUCCAGAAAAGAAUUCCGGUCUGCCCACUGGCAUUUCGUGGACUCCCGCUCGGGAGCUCCAACAACGGCCAUGCCGUUGAGGCUGCAAAAUGCGGCUAUGUGGAGGGUGAUGCUGCCGUGCCGCAGACCUCUUGCGGCCCACCAAAGGCAGUUGUCGACCAAGUGCACUUGCUCAUUGCGUCCGAAAGGUGUGCAGCCGCUGAUGCUCAUGCAGCCGCUCAUGCAGUGAUAUCCAGCGCAUGGGAGCCGUGUCAGGUGACCACCCCGAGCGCAACAGCCGCCGCCUCGAGAAUCAACCGGAGGCAACUGGAGCAGGUCUUCGUUGCGGGUGAUGCCGACGAAGGCUUUCGUGCUGAUCUCCGUUCAGGCGUAAAAGUUGCUUUGUAUUUCUUCUCGCAAGACGAUGGAGCUGAGUUGCCCGAGCUCCGGGGUCAGGAGGAGCUCGUCGAGCUGCAACUUGCAUCGCAGGCAGAGUACUUCAUUGGCUCUGCAGGAUCAGCAUUCUCGGCAGCCGUGCGUCGACAGCGGCAGCGGCUUGGCCAUCCACCGUCAACAUCGGACGAGGUCUUCUGCGCCAACCUCACGGCAGAGACUUCUCGCAAGCGAUGCGCGGCGGAGCUUCUCGCCUUCAUGGCGGUGCGUGCAUCCUUCGAGAAUAGCAACGAGGUGGGUGUCUUUGCCCGCCUCACGAACGCUUACUGUCUGGUCGCACUGGGCGGAUCAGAGAACUUCUACAGCGUGUUCGAGGCCGAGCUGUCAAAGCACAUUCCAGUGGUGCACGCCACCAUCGGAGGAACUCGAAUUUGUGGAAGAGUCACUGUUGGCAAUCGGCAUGGGCUUUUAGUCCCAAGCAUCACGACUGACCAGGAGCUGGCACACCUCAGAAAUCACUUGCCAGAAGGUAUUCGAGUCCAGAAAGUUGAGGAGCGCCUGUCAGCGCUUGGCAAUUGCAUUGCCUGCAACGACUAUGUGGCACUGGUUCACACAGAUCUCGAUCGUGAGACUGAAGAAGUUAUUGCAGACACGCUGAAGGUUGAUGUGUUCCGAGCAACCGUUGCGCAGAAUGUUCUCGUCGGGAGCUACUGUGUGUUGACAAACCAGGGUGGUCUCGUACACGCGCGGACGCCCAUGCAAGACAUGGAGGAGCUCUCGCAACUCAUUCAGGUGCCGUUAACUGCUGGCACCGUAAACCGUGGCUCUGACAUCAUUGGUGCCGGUGUAGUUGCAAACGACUGGGCUGCCUUCUGCGGCAUGGACACGACCGCGACGGAGGUUGCGGUCUUAGAGAGCAUCUUCAAACUGCAGAGUGCAGGUGCAGGUCUGCCAGGAAUGCAGAGCGCCCUUAUCGACACAAUCAUGUCGUGA